AAAAAUUUUAAAACAAAAUCAUAUUAAAAAUUACGUAACUGAAAAACUGGCGGUGAUGUUCAGAAAAACUUAAAAUUUUCAACCAGUUUCUGAACCGAGUUUGGGCUGAGCAAUGGCCGGAAAACAGGUCAGCGGCGAAGGUUUAUCGGCGAACCUCGCCGGAAUGUCGAAGAAUCAGCUCUACGAUAUCAUGUCUCAAAUGAAGAAUCUGAUCGAACAGAAUAAGCAGCAAGCGAGACAGAUCCUCAUUCAAAACCCUAUGUUGACCAAAGCACUCUUCCAGGCACAAAUUAUGCUUGGAAUGGUGCAAUCACCUCAAGCGGUUUCUAAAGUUCAACCAGUGGCUCCUCAAAACAAUCAGCAGUCAGCAGUACAACCAACCCAACAACCAAGUGUUCAGCCUGCUCCAAUAUUGCCUGGGAAAGGUGGCGUACAAGAUCAACCAGGUGUAUCACAAACUCAAAUUCCUCCCAGGAGACACCAAAAGCAGCCUUCAGUGCCAGUUUCAUAUCCUGCUGUUCCUGCAAUGAGUCAUCAAUCUCAGCCUACGCCUGCACAUUCGUUGCAGAUGCCACAACAGCCUAAAGGACAUCUGACUCCCCAAGUGGCUCCAGCAUCUAUUCCCCAAUCGUCACAACUUCCACACAUACCUUCACCAUCUGUUCAUUCAUCUUCACAACCACUUCAUCCAACUCAAAUGCCAACUGCUUCCAGUCAGGUGCAGCAACCAUUGCAAGCACCUGGAUUUCCGCAUAUGCCUUUGCAGCCACCACUGCCACCACAACUCAGACCACCUUCAGUGCAAACCUUCCAUCCCCAAUAUCCCCCACAAAUGGGUGCCAAUUUAGGUUUUCAACAUGCUGGUGCUUCUCAUAAUCUUCCACAAUCCAUGUUUCAUCCAGGUACAAAACCUCCUUCUAGUGUUGGAUCUACGUUCCCACUUGGGCAGACACCACUACCAAGUCAACAAUCAUCUCAGCCACCUUAUCAGGUUGGAAAUAUGCCAUUCGGGUCUGAUUUCGGUAAUCAAUCUGGAAAUGCAAUGCAAAUUGAUAGAGGGUCUUCUUGGAUGCCUGGUCCAUCAGAAAAUCUAGUACAGCAUUCUGGUCCUCUGGGACCACAAUCUGUGGUUUCUGUUCUGGUGGGUGCUGCUAAUCAGCCUCUUAGGCCCCCUGCGUUGACACCAGAGAUGGAGAAGGCACUGCUUCAGCAAGUCAUGAGUCUCACACCAGAGCAGAUAAAUCUUUUCCUCCGGAACAAAGAAAUCAAGUGCUGCAACUGCAACUGAUGUUGCGUAAAUGAUGCUGUACAUUUACACAAUGUGAUUAGGCAGUCUUAAUCCUUCCAAUUUGGCGUAUAUUCUUCUGUUACCUAUGAUCAUGUUACCUAUGAUCAAAGUGGUUGGCUAGAACUAUGUCAACCCGAACUUUUAUUUCUUUAUCUUCUAGUUAUUUACUAUUCUGCAAAAUUAAGUGAAACUACUAUCUCUUCAUUGUUUCAUGUAUGAAAAGUCUAUAAGUUAAUCUCCUUGGUGCUCUCCGUCAUCACUGUUUGGUUAAAAUGAUGUAUUGUAUAGAUGUUGUACAAAGGCUACUUGUACACCCGUUUAUAACUCAAGAAAGCUUGCAUCAUUGUUUAAGAGUUACCUAUAUGGCUAUACCAACUUACUGCUU